GCAUGUCAGCGCAAACCCUUCGCAACUCGAUGGUGCCAGCGCCUCUGGUCAACGCAAUUCCCGGUUCGAGCACAAUUCCGGCUCCCAAACCUGCUCGAAUUUCUUCCUCAGGAACUCAGCAACCAAUUUACGAUUCUCACCAGCCCCGACGAACGUCACACAACGCGAACAAGCAAGCCAUGAACUGGAGUGCUUGGCUAUCUAGCAACGCCAUUGCAACGAGCUCGAGGAAUUCAUACAACCAUGCUGAUUCACAAAUGGAUAUGUUGCGAGCAGCAAGAAUGCAGAGCGAAGCAGAGACCAAAGCUCGAGAGCAGCGCAAAAAAGAGAUGCAGAAACAGAUCGAUGUCCAUAUGAGAAUGGGUGGAAUGCACGACCGUCACCGAGAAGUUCUGGCAAGAAUGCAGAACAAAGUCGACAAGAACAUAUGAUGCACACUACUUACUGCACAUGAACACAAUGGCGCUAACGACGCGGACGGAAAUGUUAUGAUUUUCUAUUGGCACGCAUACUCUACACCUUUGGGCAUGAGGGACAUGUCCAGUUCUUCUUUUGACUCUUUAACGCGAUGGGAGAAGAAAGUGUUGAUACCCAUACCCCAGUAUCAUGAUACCCAAGGACAAGGAUUGUUUUUGGACCAUACAUGAAAGCACAGGAAAGGCAAAACAUGAUCCGUCCUUUUACUAUUACACACUUAGUUGUACAUGCAUGUAAUGUCUGAAUCGGCGCAUAAUACUUUUUCAGAAAAGUAGCG